UCCUAAAAAGUUUUUCAAACAUUUUCGUUUAAGCAUAGGUACGUUUUGGGAACUACAUGCUCUAUUAUAUGCUGGAUUAAAGCACCACGAUACCAACAUGCGGAAAAGCAUCGCACCUGCGGAAAGACUAGCUAUCACAUUAAGGUAUCUAGGAACUGGAUGCUCGUUUGAGGAUUUUGAACUCUCUUACCACCGUGGGGCCACUACAGCAAGGAAAAUAGUACAAGAAACAUGUCAACUAAUUUGGAACUAUUUAAAAGCCGUUUGUAUUCCAGAACCGACCCAAGACAUGUGGAAAGAAAUUGCCAGCGGAUUUCUUCAAAAUACUAAUUUUCCUAAUUGUUUAGGCGCCAUAGAUGGGAAACAUAUAAGAAUUAUUCAUCCAUUCGAUACCGGCUCCUUGUACUUUAACUAUAAAAAAUUUUUUUCAAUAGUACUUCUUGCAACUUGCGACUCGAAUUUACUUUUUACGUUCGUGGAUGUUGGGGCAUACGGUAAAGCAUCCGAUUCUACAAUAUUUAGAGAAAGUGAACUGUGUAAUAAAAUACACAGAAAUACAUUAAAUAUCCCCUCACCACGACAGGUCGGUAAUCGACAACCAUUGAACUAUACAUUUGUUGGUGAUGAAGCAUUUGGCCUCAGUGAAAAUAUGAUGAGGCCAUAUGCUGGAAAAUAUUUGGACUUAGACAAAAAAGUUUUCAAUUAUAGGUUAAGCCGUGCCAGACGUUGCAUUGAGUGUACCUUCGGCGUACUAGCAAACAAAUGGAGAAUAUUACAUCGCCCAUUAAACACUUCUGUUCAUUUCUCAGAAGACAUUGUGAAAGCUUGUUGCAUUUUGCACAACUUUAUUCGCAAAAGGGAUGGUUUCAAUUUUCGGCACACUUUGAAAAUAGUGGGACUCGAAAAUAUACAAAAUACAGGCUGGCCAGUAACACGAGCGUCUACUGCAAGAGAUACGUUAAAAGAUUAUUUUAUGUAUGAAGGAGCAAUACCGUGGCAAGAAAAUAGAAUAUAAAUAUAUGGUUUUAUAUUAUUUUAUUAAACUUACCUUCAAUGUUCUUUUC